AUGCCCCGCGCCUAUGACGCGGGAAUGCCGGGCAUGGCAUGGAGCAGCCCAGGCCCCGGCCGUGGGGUUGGGACCACAUCAACAGCCCGCAGCUCCAGUAAGAGCCCCUUGAGCUCCAUCAACGGCGACCCGCGGGAGGUUGCAAGCCCCAAAGGCGGCCGCACAUCACCUCGCGCCCCGCGACGCGCCACCGUUUUCUUGGAAGCCACUCCCACCUCAACCCCAGCUUGCCUGGAAGUCAAGCAGCUCGAUCGUACUCACGCCAAUACCCUGUCCGGGCGCACCACUCCCAAUGAACCACUUCAUGGCUCAUUUGAGGACAGUUUUGGCCUUGAGAUGAUGACGCCCCUCGCGAACAGCAGGGCGAGCCCCGCCCGCCGUCAACCCGCCCCCACCUGGCGCGUUCUGUGCGCUCAAUCCAAUACACCAGAAGAGUGCUCUCCGCCCGCCGAGCGCACAGAUGCCGUUGUAAUAUAUUCGGCAGAGCCUAGUCCGCUUUGUCCCCAGUCAUCUACCGCCGGCCGGGGGCAGCAACAAAGCGCUGCUCCCCCUGGUAGACUUUUACAGACUCGAUCCGAACCCGACUUGCUCCCUUCGCGUAUCCGUGGUUCAGAUGACAGAGCCGCCAGCACGGCCCGAAACCGCUUGCGGCGCGCCCACGCCGCUCACGUGGAGGCAUCACCAGCAAUGCCCAAAGAAGACGGCAGGACGUUGCAGCCGGCUCGCCCAGCGCGGGUCGUCAAAUCCGCCUCUCUUCCCAACCUCUCGUUGCCCCGCCGCAUUGUGUCGGCACCGCAACCAUCUACCCCGACUGCCAGCAAGCUCACCUCCUCUGCAGACCAUACCGAGAACGCCUCUCGUAGUCAUCUCGACACGCUUGCUAGCAGCUUUGCUCAGUAUCUGCAAACCUUUCACAUCACCGUGCACAUGGAACAGCGGGGCCUUGGCUUGCAGCUGGGCAGCGUCAACAGCAACGACAUGGGUCUGGUCGUCCAGCAUGUCAGCCCGACGAGCCCCUCAGCCCACUUACUUCGCCCCGGUGAUGUCCUUCUCAAGAUCAAUGGACGGGAUGUUCAGCAUUUGUCGACCAAAGAAGCGAAACACGUCAUUGUUGAGGAAAUUGUUCAAGAUGCCAAUGUCAUGCAACUUGAUAUCCUGCGCUUCAUGGUCCCUUUUCACACCAGCCCGAUACAGCGAGGUAACCCGGUGCCGGCCAAGGUUCCGGUACGAGGGGUGCCCCAGCGGCCCGACCUACCACGUACCGAGCGCCCAAUCACGCCACAUGCAAUCGAUCAGGUGACGCAGCCACCCCCCGUGCUUGAGGAUGACCCACAGCCAGCAGCAUCGUGUGAGAGUGUGUCCACCACAGUGGGCGAGCCCCAAAAUGUGGAAUGCGAGGCAGUGACAGAACCCAAGCCUCGGGUAGUGAGCCUGCCGAACGUCGAGAGCCCAAUCCGAACGGCGACUGAAACGGCAGAUCUACCUUCCAUUGCCAUCAUGGAGGCCACUGCGUCUUUUCACAGCCUGGAAGAUUCGGGCAGCUUUGAUUCGUUGACGGCACUGGGCCGCGCUGCCCUAGAUCUGUCGCCGGCGGGAGACCGGACGCUGAGCACGAUCCACGAGAGUGAGGUAGAAGAUAGCUCGCUUAUCAGCUCGACCUCCAUCCUUGAUAUCUCCGUUCGCGCGUGUCUAGAGGCAGCACAGAAUCGCUACCGUGAGCAGUGUGCACCUUCGACGGGGGCUUUGAGAGCGGGAACUCGUCACCUCGAGCAGCAUGAUACCUCACAAGAAUCAGAUCAGGGCAGCGUUGUCACUCUUCCCGGUCCUCGAUGUGAAGCACACGCUACUGCUGCUUCGUCGCCAAACAAAACGCCGACGCCUACGCCUCGCCAUGGGGCCGGGGCAGUAAAGGCACCGCGCCACCGGAACCGCCGCCCGCUUCAGCGCUUUGGAGAGUUUCCUGUCUGUGACAUGGAUACAUUGCUAGAGGCCACGCAAGAGGAGGCGACCCUCUUGGUAGCUGCACUCCAGGACGAUACUGCAACUGACGAGCAGCUGCCAGAGGUGGCAUCCCUCAUUUCGCGAAGCUCAGUGGACACUGAGGCCAGCGCCGGCCGUUAUGCUGACAUGUUACAGGCCUUUGACAACUUUGUGACGGAGCGCCAUUCAGCGCCCCAGCUGACACACUCGAGCCUGAGUGCCGGCCUCUCCCCAAUUUCGCUUCGCUCAUUGGUGGCCAUGGGAGGGGAUGAGGCUAGUCGGCUAGGCACUCGACGCAACCCAGAUCCGCUGAUCAUCUCCGCCAUGUUAUCGCUGCCUCCAAGUGCGCGGUCGUUGGCCGAUUUGGCCAUUGGCGUGCAGCAGAGUUACGAGGGGGGCCUGGUCGUGAGCCCAGCUGCCUCGCAAGCUCCGCGCUGUGCCCUGCGGGCCCAUGAUCGCAUUGUAGAGGUAAGCCAGUGCAAGGUGCCUGGACGAUGGACGCCUGUUUAUCGGUCUUUGCGCUCACGUGGCUGUGUGGUGCCACAGGUCAAUGGGCUUUCGUUGCUCAAUCUCAACUUCUCGCAGGCACUUGAGGUGCUUCAGCGCGCCUUGGCUAGACCUGACGAGGUACUGGUGGCGGUGUGGCGCAGCAGCAACGGAUACGCUGUUCCGAGCGGGCGGUAA